UCAUAACAGAAAAUCAUGGAAUCAUUUCUGUCAGCAUCAAAAGCAGCAUUGUUAAACCUAUCCAACUACAAAACAAUUCGCAUCGUUUUGGGUAAUGAAACCUGCGAUUUAGAUUCCGCUGUAUCGGCAUUGAUACAAGCCUUCUCCGAAUAUUUGGAUGGAAUUAAAAAGAAGGAAAUAAAUUUGGCAGUAAUUCCGGUAAUGAAUAUACCUGAGAAAGAUUAUCGUGCCAAAACAGAAGUUGUAUACUUCUUAAAACGUCAUAACAUAUUUUCCUAUUUGCUGACGUUCCGGAAUCAAAUUGAUCUGAAAGCUUUAAGAGAGACUACGGAAACUAAAUUGGAACUUGUGCUUGUUGAUCAUCAUAGCCUUCCAGACGAAGACAUUUAUUUGAAAGAUUUCGUAGUGAAAAUAAUCGAUCAUAGACCAAGAGACGAACGAUGGUCUUGGCCUGGCAGAAAAAUUUAUUUGCAAAGUGUAGGCAGUUGCGCGACCCUAGUAGCACGAAAUUUGUUUAAUAAACAUCCAGAAGUAAUAGAUUCACAAAUAUCGAGUCUUUUACAAGGCCCGAUUUUGAUCGAUACUUCCAAUUUUUCAAAAGACGUUGAUCGUGCUACGCCUGUCGAUAUCGAAGUUUUUGAAGCACUCGACAAAGUCAGCCUAUUAGAUGUCAAUAGAGAUAAAGUAUUUAACGAGAUCAUUAGAGCAAAAUCGGAUAUUAGCGAAUUAACUACCGAUGAUCUUUUGAUCAAAGAUUUGAAAGUAACUGCUGGCGUGCCAAUUGUCGGAUUACCUAUGUUGGUAAAGAAUUUUCUCGAUUUACAAAAGAAUCUAAAAAGUCUAGGAGAUUUUGCCGAACGUAGAAACACCACGAUUGUCAUUCUAAUGGGAUUGGAACAUAAUUCAGAAAAAUUAUCUCGAGAUAUUGCUAUUUUUUCACUAACUAUCAAUCGACUAAGAGAAAAGAUAAUAAAAGCUCUAACAGUAUUUGCGGAACCAUCUCUCAAGUUGACUUUGAUUAGAGAAAUUUACGAAGAAGAUGGAAAUUUUAACUUGAUCCUUUAUGCACAGAAUAAUUUGCAUGUUACGCGGAAACAAAUCCUACCGAUCAUUCGAAACAUUUGUACUUUUCCACUUGGUAUGGAGGAGGGUAAGAUUCCAGAUGAUGCGAUCACCGCCUCUUCUAGUUACGAAACAAAAUCGGUGGGUCCACAAAACGCAAGGAUACGACAAGAGAAAAAUGGUGGCGCUUGGUGUCCAAAAGCGCAAAUAAGUAGCGCGAUACGGGAAUAUCUGGAAAUUGAUCUAACAAGAAACCAUCUGAUAUCCUGGACCGAAACUCAAGGCCGAUUUGGUAAUGGUCAAGGUCAGGAAUAUGCGGAAGCUUUUUUUCUUGAAUAUUGGCGCAACAAGAGAUGGAAUCAAUACAAAAAUUUGAAGGGUGACACAAUACUACGUGGCAAUAGCAACACAUACUUGGUAGAAAAGCAGAAAUUAGAUUUGCCGUUUGUCGCGAGCAAAGUACGAUUCGUACCUUACAGUCAACAUCCCCGUACGGUUUGUAUGCGAGUUGAAAUUUACGGAUGCGUAUGGGAACAGUACAUAACGAGUUAUAGUGCGCCAAAGGGAUCAAAUCUUGGUCCCGGAGGAUGGAAUGUUCAAGAUUCUUCGUACGAUGGUAUUGAAUUUGACUCGCUUCUGAUUAACGGCCUAGGUCAACUAACGGACGGAAUAUUAGGCGAGGUUUCUGAAAUUCCUAUUUCUCCAACAAAUGGAACAAACUGGGUAGGCUGGUCCGAGUGUACUACAGUUCAGAUUAUAUUUCAUUUUCAAGAAUUACGAGAAUUCGAGAAUUGCUCUGUACAUGUCGCUCGUAUACCGCAACUAGAUGUCGAGAUGUUUUCAAUAAUGCGCAUUUGGUUUUCCAUUGAUGGUGAAAAUUAUCAAUCAGAAACAGAAAGAAUGGAAUCAUUAAGCGAUACCAGUUCAUCUAGUGCCGAAACAAUUUUAACAUCGAUCCCGUUGCAAUCUAGAAUCGGCCAAUUCGUAAAAGUGGAAUUUAGUCUUGCUGCAAAAUGGUUACUUCUUAGCGAAAUUACCUUUUACACUGGUAGCAGAAAUCGAUUGAACAAUUCAAAUAUUUCAAUUGAUCGAUCGUUCGAAAUGAAUACAGAUCAAAAUCGAAGCGAACCACGAGCAAAAUCAAGCAGUUCCCUGGAUUCGAUAUUGGGUUUUAACGUAACGGAACUCUACGAAAUCCAUGAAGACGUCUCAACACCAGAUGCCUUCCCCGUUGGCACAUCCCAAACAUACAUUGGUCUUGUUAGCGGUCUACUAACAAUUUUUAUCCUCUUUCUAACAUGUACUACUUUUUUGAUAAAACAGAGAGGUCGUAACAAAGUAGCUUUACUACAAAAGCAUACAGCCUUACUCUGUGAUUCAUCUGCUCCAAGCAUUGCGAUUUCCCCGAAGGAUGUUAAACUUUCAAAUUCAAUCGUAACCGGAUUAUCAUUGAUUCGCAAACCUAUCGUUAUAGCCACUUCUGAUAACUUUCCCAAUCGAUUCGAUACAGAUUUCCAAACAGAUUCUCGUGUUACCGUCGUCGAUUCCAAUCAACCACAUCGAUCUACUUUGUAUGAGAGAACGUAUAAUCUGUUCUCUGAAGAAAAUCUCGUGCUUCUGAAAUCAAAUGCAUCCACUAAUACAAUCGAAUCAUGUUCCGAUUUAAAGUGUGAUUCAAGCUUUACGACAAACAAGUCAUCAGAAAUUACAGGCCCAACUACGAUAUAUUCAUCAAAAAGAGCGCUACGCCAUCAAUCAAGCAAAAUAAAUCAAAAAGCUUACGAAGGAUAUAAUAUUGGCACGGACAUUUUAACGAUAAAGAAAAGAGAGGUUCCGUCGACUUUGAGUCCAUUUACACCGCUUCAUAUCCGCGAGAAGAAUGUUUAUUUACCACGAAAUAUUGAUUCACACAGUGUUCAACGCAUUUCUAGACAUAGAUUAAGGAUAGUAGAUAAGCUCGGAGAGGGAAAUUUCGAUUCAUUUAAUGAAACGUUGGACUUCACAAAAGAUAUGCACGUUUUAUCGAUGCUCCGAAAUUCGAACGUGGCAAAGAUGAUUGCCUUGGUAGAAGAAGAACCAUUUGGAGCUGUUUUCGAGUACAGUCAAUUUGGAGAUCUUUCUAGCUUUUUAGAAAGCCGCACAAAUCUUGACAAAGGCGAUAUUGGCUAUGGCAAACGAUUAAACUUUAUCACCCAAAUUGCAUCUGGUAUGAAGUAUUUGGAAUCCAUAAACAUUGCACAUUGUGAUUUGGCAGCCAGAAAUUGCAUCGUUGGUAACGACCUGACGAUAAAAGUAUCGGAUCAUGCUAUAUACUGCAACAAAUAUAACCAUCAUUAUUUCAUCACCGAACAUAACUUAAAAAUUCCUCUUCGUUGGAUGGCAUGGGAAGCAGUAUUAUUGGGUAAACGUAACUGUCAAGCAGACAUUUGGGCAUUCGCGGUAACAAUUUGGGAAAUUUUUCUAAAUUGUAAGGAGAUACCAUACGCGGAUUUAACAGUGACACAAAUUUUAGAAAAUUAUGGUCGCUGGUAUCAAAGCGAAGUACGUAUCGGUAAUAGGAACGACGAUAUGAACGGCGAAAAAAAUCAACCUCGAAUUCCUUCACGACCUGAUCAUUGCCCAGAUGAUCUUUACCGCAUAAUGAAGAAAUGUUGGAAUACACAAGUCGAAGACAGACCCAGUUUCAUGGAAAUUCAUCUGUACCUUGAAAGACUAGCUCUCGAUUGAAUGUUUGAUAUACUCAUGACCGAGUAACACGGACCAAACAAAUUACAAUCAGCCAAGAAGCAUCCUGUGUAAACGUUUUAGCCCUUUAUG